AUGGCACCUCCGACCGAGUCUGCACGGUCUGCGCUCAGCGCUUUCACCUGUACCCUCUGCAAUAAAUCGUAUUCGCGUCACCCGGAAUACGAGGCGCAUAUCAAUUCAUACGAUCACCAGCACAAAAAGCGGUUCCAAGAUCUUAAGCAGCUAUCGCGCGAUCCGAAUGCUGCGGAGAAGAACCGCCGAGCAGAACGUAAAGCCAAUGCGGAAGCCGGUCUAAAGACUAUUGAGAUCGCUGGCACCACUGCAGCACCAAGUGGAGCCAAGACAGGCUUCAAGAAGGGAGGCUUCAAGAGCUCUUUCGCUACUAUCAAGGGAACAGCUGCCCAAACAGUGCCAGCCAAGAGAAAGAAUGUCCUAGGAGACGAUGACGAGGACGACAAUCCGAAACCGCAAGACGACAGUACUACACUAGCAAGUACUGAACCCCAAAAGAAAGAUGACGGUGAUAUGGAAAGCGACACCGAUGGGGACUAUGGCCCGGAAGGAUAUUAUGAUCCUCGCCGGCCAACAGACUGUUUUCCUGACUGUGCCGCCCAAAGGGCCCAGGUUGCUGCGUGA